AUGCCGCCCGAAAAUACUACGCAGCGGCCGACCAAGCGGCGGAAAACCCGGGCGUCUUCAGAUGCACUCAGCAUCGGUGGUAAAAUCAUACCUCUAGACGGUUAUCUCUCGCCGUCAAACAAAAAGGCCGAUGUAAAGCCUGGACAGCUACCCGAGCCCGAGAUUAUCGCAGAUCACGAAACAAAAGCCAUUUCUCCCACCGAAAAACGGAAAAGGCACCAUGAAACAAAGUUGUCUUCGGCUCAGGGAAGUGAAGACACAGCUUUACUAAAGACCCGCCGGGAGCUACCUAUAUGGCAAUAUCGUCAACAUAUUCAGGAGGCUCUACUUGGUCACAAGAACGAAGUGCUCAUUCUAGUCGGCGAAACUGGUUCAGGUAAAAGCACACAAGUUCCACAAUUCCUAUACCGACAGUACUGGUGCAAACGUCGCAAAGUCAAAGUUCCAAGUCCCGAAAAUGAAAUUUAUGUUGGCGGUUGUAUUGCCAUCACACAACCUAGAAGGGUGGCUGCUACUACUCUGGCUUACAGAGUGUCUCAAGAAGCAGGAACUCCUCUUGUGAAAGGGAGAACAGAGGGUCUCGUUGGCUACUCUGUUCGAUUCGACCAUCAAGUCCCGAGGGGUACCAAGAUCAAAUUUCUCACAGAGGGAACACUUCUUCAAGAGCUUCUCAGAGAUCCUUAUCUAAGGCGGUAUAGUGCCGUUAUCAUCGACGAAAUUCAUGAGAGAAGUGUGGAUGUGGACCUCCUGGUAGGCUUUCUGAAACAGAUUCUUUCUUCUGACCAGAAAAUGCGAGGUGGUGUUCCGCUGAAAGUUGUCAUUAUGAGCGCCACAGCGGAUGUGGAUGUUAUUCAGUCAUUCUUCAAUGACUCAUCAAAGAAUUCCGACAAAACUGCAGUCAAGGUCCUUCGCAUCGAAGGCCGCCAUUUCCCUGUGGAAGUCGCCUACGAAGCUCAGCCAGUGUCCGACAUUCAAGAUUCGCUCGUUCAGCGAAUAUUUAAAAUACACACGGAGGAGCCUCUGCCAGGAGAUAUUUUAGCGUUUCUGACAGGUCAAGAAGAAAUCGAAUCCACCCAGAAGCUGAUCGAGGAAUAUGGGUCUACUUUGGCUUCAAAUGUGCCCAAAGUUAAAGUCUUUCCCUUAUAUGGCCAGUUAUCCAUCGAUGGUCAACGAGAGGCGUUUCUUCCGGCUCGCAGUAAAUUUACGAGAAAGAUUGUCCUCGCCACGAACAUCGCAGAAACUUCAGUCACCGUUCCCGGAGUUCGAUACGUUGUCGACAGUGGGAAAGCUAAGAUCAAGCAAUACCGACCAAGACUAGGCAUGGAGUCCCUGUUGGCGAAACCCAUCUCCAAAUCUUCUGCUGUUCAGCGUACUGGUCGAGCUGGGCGCGAGGCUCCAGGGAAAUGCUUCAGGCUCUACACGGAAAAAGCGUUUGAUGCACUUCAAGAGGCUGAUCUUCCGGAGAUACUACGAAAUGAUGUGCUUGGUGCUGUUUUGACGAUGAAGGCGCGCGGUAUUCAAGAUGUCCUUUCCUUCCCGUUGAUAGAUGCCCCCGAAGCUGAGGCACUCGAGAAAGCACUCCUAAAUUUGCACUACCUUGGUGCUUUAGACGACGAGGGAUGUAUUACGUCGGCAGGAGAGAAAAUGGCGCGCUUGCCAAUCCCACCCGCACUGGGCGCGGUACUGCUGGCGGCUGAGAAACCAGAGUUUGACUGCGUACUCGAAGUCAUCGAUAUUAUAUCUUGCAUCACCUCUGGAGAAGACAUAUUCCUACAAGUACAGUCGGAGGAAGGCCAGGAAGAGAUGGAGAUUUCUCGAAAAGAGGUACAACGACGUGAGGGUGACUUGAUUACUUACCUGACGACUAUGCAACAAUACUGUUCUGAAAAUGCCAACAGGACUGAGUGGUGUAGGCAGAAGAAGAUCAACAUGCGGAACAUGAAGCAGGCCUUGAACAUCCGGAGACAAUUACGGGGUAUUUGCCUAAAAGAGAGAAUACUGAGCGAGUCUCCUUUACCUGAUCCUCAGCUAUAUACGCCGCUUAGCCCUGAGAGGGCUGAGGCAGUGCUACGGUGCUUCCUUCGAGGAUACGCCUUGAAGACAGCAAUGCUGGCCCCUGAUGCUAGUUACGUCACUGUUUAUGGGAAACACGUGGUAGCUACCCACCCGGCAAGCGUGUUACAUGGACAGAAAAAGGAGGCAAUUAUGUUUCUGGAUCACGUAUACACCAAUAAAAAUUAUGUCAAAAAAGUCAGUGCAAUACGCGCAACAUGGAUCGAGGAAGCACUGCAGAGAUAA